AUGACCGAAGGGUCGGUGCCAAAUGCCAAGCCACUUCCCAUGAAGGAGUUUCAGGCGAAGCCUUUGUUCUUAUGGUAUGAUUACUUCUCUGUUCCCCAGCUGGAAGAGCGGAAGUCCUACACCACAGAUGAGAGGGAUGGCUCCCAGCAGGCCAGAGCCAUCAAUAGCAUCCCUAGCUAUGUGGCAAGGUGUCGCUUCUUCCUGGCUCUUUGUCCUGUGCUGGACUGCCCCUCUGAGGCCAAGGUGCUUUCUGCUGCGACGUGGAGCCGACGCGGAUGGUGCCGAGUAGAAAGGGCUGCGCGUGAGCUCUCUCGCGACAGCUCCUGGAUUUUGAUCCAGAGUGAAACCUCCAUGGAGGUCGUCGGCACAGCGAUUUCUUUCGGCAGCGGAUGCGUUGGGGAAGGCGAGUUCACAGUUCCAGAAGAUCGCCAGAAGUUAGCGCCAGUGAUGCGCAGCAUAGUGCAGCAAAAGCUGAGGCACUGUUUGCAAUCGGGCGACCUGCCAGCAUUCAGAAGCUUGGAGAUUGAUCCCAUUGUCCUGUUGCCUGACAGCCGCACGGACUCCACGACCAACUUCCUGCUGCAGAAUGGCCUCAAGCAGCGCAGUCGAGCAGAUCGUGCAGGGUGGUCCCCGGUGCACUACGCGGCACUGGCCGGUGACACCGAGGUGCUCCGCAACCUGCUAGACAAGAAGGCCAAGGUUAACGUACGCACACCGAAGGAUGAGCCUGCUUUGGGCUUUCCGCCCUGGAUGUCAGCACUGGACCUGGCCCUCUUCUUCAAGCACCAUGAGGCCGUCCGGCUGCUGCUGGCUGCCAAGGCCCAUGUUCAGGGCGGGUUCUUAACGGCCAUGAACUGGGCAGCCCAAUCAGACAAUGUUGAGGGCGUGCGAAUGGUCUGCGCAGCAGGUGGUAGCCCCCUUGCCCCAAACCUGAUCGGAACCACACCCAUUGCCAUUGCAGCUGGGAUGGGGGCACAAGAUGCACUGGAUGAACUGGUGGAACAGGGCUGCCCGGAUCGGCUACAGCUGUCCCAGGCGCUGCAUGCUGCAGCAGGCCUGCGAGGUGGUUCUGCGCAGAUGGUCCAUCACCUCAUCGGCCUUCGGGCUGAUGUAGACUUCCAGUGGAGUGUCCCACGAGACCUAAGUCGAGUGGGCCGGCUUAUCUUCAAAGUGAAGUCACUGCAGCACCAGUUCGGCCGACCUUCCCUUUUCACGGCCUUUGCUCACCACAUGCAUAGCAGCACAGCGCUGAUGCAGGCAUUUCGCACCAGUCAGCAUGAAGCUGCCGCAGCCCUGAUUGCAGCCGGUGCCAACUUGAAUGUCCGAAAUUCCCGCAACUGGAUAGCAGCCGACUUUGCACACGGAGGGUCCAUCCCAAGCUACGUCCAAAAGGGCCUGGCCGGAGACUUAUCCGAGUGCCGCAGGGUGGCCUAUCUGGCUCUUGCGGACGACCGCUGUCUGGUCUCCGUAUCAUUGUAG